CCGAAAAUAAUUCAUUUCCUUAUUUUUAUCAACUAAUCUGACUCUAAAAAAUUUGAUCUAACUUUUAGAUCGGAAUAGUAAUACGCUUUUCUUCCAUAAUAUUUUCUAGUUGAUAUAUGCCAAAUUUCAAAUUUUUCCCGUAGAGCUCAUGAACAAUGCAAAGCACAAAAUUAACAUCAAUUGGCCGAUCCAUGACAAUCUUUACACGCAAAUACAUACCUAUCAUGACUUCACCAACUGCUACACUGCCAAUGAACUCGUACUUUGAAACCAGUUUUCAAUCAAAUGUAUACGCAUGUAACAGAAUCAUAGACAAUAAAAUCAAGUCUGGGCCUUUAGACUCUGCCCUCAAGCUGUUUGACGAAAUGCCUAACCGUGAUGUUGUUUCAUGGAACUUGCUAAUUUCUGGGUAUGGCAAAUAUGAACUUCCAAAUCAAGCUCUGUGUCUCUACAAUCAAAUGGUUUCCCAUGGAAUUAAAGAAAGUCCAUCCACUUUUUCAUCUGUUUUGAGCAUUUGUAGUGACAAUGGGUUUUAUCAAGUAGGAAUUCAAGUUCACUGCAGGGUGAUCUUGUUGGGAUUCAGUAUGAACAUAUUUGUGGGUAGUUCGCUUGUUAAUCUUUAUAUGCACAUGGGUCUUGUUGAUAUUGCCUUGAAGCUGUUCAAUGAAUUGCCACAUCGAACUUUAGCUGCGUGGAAUUUGGUUUUACGUGGAUUUUGUGAACUGGGUCGAUCAAACGAGUUGUUGGGUUCGUAUUGUGAUAUGAAAUUGGAGGGUUGUGUUGAACCUAAUGGACUUACUUUUUGUUAUUUGAUUCGUGGGUGUGGUAAUGGGAGGCUUUUGGAUGAAGGAAAGCAGCUGCAUUGUUGUGCAAUUAAGCUUGGAUGGUUAGAAUCGAACUUAUUUGUUGUGAAUGCUUUGGUGGAUUUUUAUUCUGCUUGUGGGUGUUUGAUUAGUGCGAGGAAAUCAUUUGAAGUAAUUCCACCCGAGGAUGUGAUUUCAUGGAACUCAAUUGUUUCUGUCUAUGCUGAAUAUGGUUUUUCGCUUCAUGCUCUUGAAAUGUUCACUAAGAUGCAGCUAUCAGGGAAGAGGCCAUCCGUUCGUUCAUUUUUAGGGUUCUUGGGUUUAUCUAGAGGGACCCAAAAUCUCAUUCUUGGGAGGCAAAUUCACUGUUGUGUUUUGAAAUUGGGAUUUGAUUGUGGGAGUGUUCAUGUUCAAUCUGCUUUGAUCAAUAUGUAUGGAAAAUGUGGAGAUAUGGAUAGUUCAGUAUCAUUAUUCGAGGGUGUUCCUGAGAGAAGUCUAGAGUGUUGCAACUCGCUAAUGACAUCUUUAUUGCACUGUGGAGUUGUGGAAGAUUCGGUGGAGAUGUUUGGUUUGAUGCUUGAUGAAGGAAUUGGAUUUGAUGAAGUUAGUCUCUCUACGACACUGAAAGCAUUAUCGGUGUCUACUUCCGGGAGCCUCUCUAGCUGCACAAUGGUUCACUGUUGUGCAAUUAAGUCGGGUUUUGAAUCUGACAUUGCCGUUUCGUGUUCACUGAUCGAUGCAUAUUCCAGAUCUGGUCAUCUCAGACUUUCUCAACAGGUUUUUGAGAAGCUUCCUUCACCAAAUGCCAUCUGUUUCACAUCGCUCAUUAAUGGAUUUGCCCGGAAUGGAAUGGGAAGAGAAUGCCUUGAAAUGCUUGACAUGAUGAUCCAAAGGGGUCAGAAACUCGAUAAAGUGACAUUCUUGUCAGUGUUAACAGGGUGCGAUCAUUCUGGGCUUGUCAAAGAGGGGAAAAUGGUGUUUGAAUCAAUGAAAUCUCUCCAUGGAAUUGACCCAGACCGGCGUCAUUACUCAUGUUUGGUGGAUCUUCUUGGUCGUGCAGGUUUACUAUAUGAAGCCGAAAAGUUGCUAAAACAAGCACCAGUGAAGGGUGACUCUGUAAUGUGGAGUUCACUAUUGCGAAGUUGUAGGGUCCACAACAAUGAAAUGGUGGGACAUACAGCGGCAAAAAUCUUAAUGGAUCUUGAACCAGACAAUCAUGCAGCCUGGUUUCAAGCUUCAAAAUUUUAUUCCGAAAUUGGAGAUUUUGAAACCUCAGUGCAAAUUAGAGAGCUUGCGAUGGCUAGGAAAAUGAGGAAGGAGAUUGGUUACAGUUUGAUUGAGGUUUGCUGAUAGUGACUCACGGAACUGCAGAAAGAAAUUUGUCUGACGACGUUGCCAUUCUUGGAGAGCUAGAAAGCUUGAACAUAGAAGAGGAAGGUGAUAUAGAACUUUUUGACUCCCCGUUUUGGACAAGUG